AUGAUCUUGGAUAAAAGCUCCAUGGAGGAGCAGGAUAUUGAUAUCGAUGUUGAAAUUGUUGGAGAGCAGGACAAAAAAGUGGACACACAAACUGCACCACUGGAAGGUGAAGAAAAGAUCAGACUAAACGAACAUGAUCCCGGUGCGCAAAAACGAGGCGAAUCGUGCGUAAAACCACCAUACUCGUAUAUUGCGCUCAUCACCAUGGCUAUCUUACAGAGCCCCAGAAAGCGACUGACGCUCAGCGAAAUAUGCGAUUUCAUCAGCCGACGGUUUGUCUAUUACAGAGAAAAAUUCCCAGCAUGGCAGAACUCCAUCAGACACAACCUCUCCCUCAAUGACUGCUUUGUUAAAAUGCCUCGCGAACCCGGGAAUCCUGGGAAAGGUAACUACUGGACCUUGGAUCCGAUGUCCUCGGACAUGUUCGAAAAUGGAAGUUUUCUCCGGCGCAGGAAGCGCUUUAAGCGAGAGCGCUACUUCACCAAGGAUCCGGACACACCGCUUCCAGGCUUUCAGCUCAGAUCCUACAGCGCGUCGCUCCCGGUUCCAGCAUUAGAUCUGUAUUUUGACCGAACUCCUAUAUCACACCAUCAUCCUCCUUUUACACCACCUGUUGGAAACAUUUUACCUGCGCUGUCUUCUCUUCUGAAAGGCUACUUCCCUCCUCCAGUGCACGGAUCUUUCCCCGGAACCUCGAUCCCUCAUGCGGCCGCUCUGGCUCCGUUCGCUCCGGGUCUUUACAGCCUCCAGCAGGAGUAUCACAAACUGCAAGCUCUGCACAAUAGUGCGAUCACCACCAAACUUUUACAACGCUUUGGUGACUCUACAUUGUUGCCUUAA